AUUAACAGCAUUAAUGAUUGUGUGCAAAACAUUAUUUUCUAGAAGUGGUAGUUGUAAAUGUGUGCUAGAUGAGUGUACAUAAAACUAACUACAGUAGCAAUGAAUCCUUUAGACAUAUCAGUGUUUUAUGAUUGAACAAAGUUUUACUGUAGAACUUGUGAAAAAAAUGAACAAAAUGGAGGGAUUUGGUGUCAUAGUGGAAUACUCCCGCUCGGAAAAAAAUUCUUCAGAAAAUAUCAGCUGCUCUGGAAUUUAUAUGGGAAAGGGAAUAAUUCUUACUCAUGGAACAAUUGUAACUGAUAUCUUGAAAGAUAAAAGAGCAGAGUUACUUCUCCAAGAACUUUCAUCAAAAGGUCAUGUAUGCACUGAAGAUGGAAAGAAUCUGUUAAGGACAGUUCUUGAAGUUACUCACUCUCACUUUCGAGUUAUCUUACCUGCUGAAGAACUUGGUAAUGAGCUUACCCAUACAAAACAUGUAUCUGCUGCAUCAUCAAGUUCUGUCCAAGAAAAAAAAGGGUCUCAUAAAUUACUGAUUACUGAAUGCCCCGAAAAUAAAUUACAAAUAGAAAAUCCAAGUUCCUUGUUGCCCACUGAAGAAAUCCAGAAUAUUAUUGCUAACAGUGCUCAUGUCUCACAACCAUCCACUUCACUCAAAAUGGCAACACCCAACUACUCUUCUCUCCCAGCUAGUGUUGAAAUGAUGUUUGUUCAGCCGGGGAUCAGCAAAAGUGUUACAAGGAUCAUGCCCGCUUCUCAGGGGUGGAAAUUAACGGAGGAUGAAGAGAAAGACCGUGAUGUCGCUCUUGAAAUUCUUAUCUUGUCCACCUUUGUGCUUAUCAAGAUUUUGCCUGAUUUUCCCAGAAUUAUUAGUGAUGAUACAGUCAUGGAAGCUACCAAUAAAGAUGUUAUAAAUCUUACUGAACAAAUACUGUCUCUCACAAGCAUCACUAAUAAAGGUGUGACUGUGUAUGUGGAGAGUUCCCCCUUUGGCACUCUGUCACCCAGCGUGUUCCUCAACUCCCUCAGUUGUGGGAUCAUCAGUAAUGUUGAUAACACUGCCAGUGAUAUCAUGUUAACUGAUGCUAGGUGUAUCAUGGGUUCAGAGGGAGCUCCAGUGUUUGAAGUAAUGGGAGGAAGGAGACAUCUGUGUGGAAUGGUCAUCUCACCCUUCUGCUGGCGGGGCGGGGAGUGGCUUGGACUAACUCUCCUGGCAUCAAUGAAACCUGUCCUGCAAGCUUUACUCCACUUCCUAAACUCUAGUAUUAACUGUGAAAAUGGAGAGACCAAACUUUCCCACAAUCAAGAUAACUCACCAAAUGAUAAGAACUUAAGGAACCAAGUUGAAGAGACGUUACAAAGAGAUGAGAGACUGCAAGAGAAUAUUGCAUACAAUCAAGAAAGGAAGUGGACAUAUGAUGAUUUUGUGUCAAAGAAAGGAAAUCCAAAAGCUGAUUUAGUUAAUUAUCUGAAUGGCAGUGUUGUAGCUGUGUGUUGUGGAGGAGGAUGGGGCACUGGCUUUGUUAUUAGCACCUCACCAGGAAUCAUACUAACAUGUGCUCAUGUUACUGAUCCAACUACUAGUGGUAAUGUGAGGAUAAUGUUAUCAGAUGGAAGAAAAUUACCAGGACGAGUAAUUCAUCAAACUCGGCCAUAUAUGUUGAACCACCAAAGUAAGAGUAGCACCCAAGGGUCAAGUGUGUGGGAUCUGGCUGUUGUUAUCACUGACAGUUCUCUUCCAAUGCGCCUUCCUUUGGCUUCCACACUACCACCAAAAGGUUCACCAGUUGUAUUAGCUGGUUAUGGGAUGUUCUCUCCCAAUCGUUUGCCCACUCCAACAUUGUCUCAAGGCAUUGUAUCAAAGGUGGUUAACUUCCCAAUUCACUCACUUCACUGGCCCACACACCCAAGCAGUGAAAAAGAUGAUCAAAUGCCUGUAAAGAAUAUGGAUGACUAUAAUACUGGCAUGGUGGUUAAUAGAAUCUGUGAUGAUAUAGUAAAGCAAGGUAGCAAAGAUGGUUUGACAGGUUUUGAAGAUUUUAAAAAGGAUUCUCAAGAUGUAAUCAAGAGUGAUGCUCUUGAAAGUUGUGAUAAUGAACAUCCUGACGUGGAAAGGAUUAUGGAUGGCCACGUGUUGGUGAGCAGUGACAACAAUGGCAUGAUACCGAUGAUAAUGCAGACAACAUGUGCAGUCUACGCUGGUACCAGUGGUGGACCCAUUGUGUCAAUUCAUCCUCAGCGUGGGUUGCAGGUAGUUGGUGUUGUGGUGUGCAAUACAUGUGAUUUAGGUAACAAAGCCACUUUUCCACACAUUAACCUGGCAAUUCCUGCAGCAGCAAUAUUUAAGAUUAUAGAGGCUUUCCUGCAAUCUGGAGAUAAAACAGUUUUGAGAUACUUGGAUGCUGAAUGUUCAACUGCCACUCAACUUUGGUCACUGGGGCUCCUGCCUGAGUCUCGCCUCUAAGCCACAGAAUGUUUUAGUUACAAUCAUCCACUAAAUUUAUAUAGAAUACACUAAAAGUCAUAAUUUUCAUAUUUCUAAAGUCAAAUUUUAUUUUAUAUUGCUGAACAUUGUAAUAUUAAGGAAAAGUAACACAUUCAUACCACACAGAAUAAUACAACUAAUAAGUAAAUUCUUCUAGGUAUUUGCAUCCUUCUGUCUAAUUGCAAUUUGAUUGUCAAAUUACUUCAAAUUAUCAAAUUACAUCAACUAUAUAAACCCUCUCGAUAACCGACACCACUGGUUACUUCACCAAAAUCCUGACAGUUGCCAGACUUCCUCAUGCUCAUCCGUCUUAGGUACAGCUACAGGUUUAUAAAUAACUGAUUGUGUUGAUCCUGCAGUAUUUUUAUAAUACAGUACUGUAAUUGUGUGUACAGAUACUGUACUACGUAUAUCUUUUAUAAGAGUUUAUGUAUUUCCAUGAGUGAAAAAAUUUUAUUGUUAUUUAUUUUUAUUAAUAAUGGGUAAUUAUAAAAAAUUAUAUUGUUCCUGUUAUUUCCCUACAUCAGAUUAAGAGCACCAUAAUUUAAGUCUAAAACAUAUGCAUUACUACCAUGCCUGUAAGUUGCCAGACAUCCAACCCAGCCACAAAUAUUUAUAACUCAUUGUUAUGUUGAACCUAUAACAUUUGGUGUGUAUACAAUAUACAAUAUGUACAGGAAUAUAGCUAGUGUUUGUAUAACUACUAAAAUUAUGAAUUUUAAUAAUUGUACAGGUAAAAAAGUAAUGAAUCUGAGAUGCUCACUAUCAGACACUACCCAUCUGUGACAUCAUUUCAUACACUAAAGAUAAAAAACAUACCAUAAAGCACUGAUGAACACUUCACAGCAGAAUAAGUACUGAGUACUGUACAGUAUUCACAUGUUUACUACAUAAUAACACACAUGCAAAAAAUAUAAAUCUGUUAAGGAUGGAGAGGUACAAGAUUACUCCAUGACUUGCCUAACAGACCAAAGAAGACAUCCACAGCAGUCUUAGGAAUGCUGCAGCUUUAUUAAACCAAAGAGAAGAGACCAAACCCAAUUUUAAUCAGCACCAUCAGUCAGCAAGUGGGUGAGAUUUGUCCAGCUGACCAUGAGCUUAAUGGGCUAAUGAAACUUACCAGUUGUCUCUUAGCACUACAAGUCUCAUGGACAUUAGAACAAAGGUCUCCAACACCAGUGUACUCUUCAAGCAUACAUUCCACAGAACAGCAUAAUGUAGUAUGUGACUAUCAACAAUGAUUAUUCUCUUUUGCAUAUAGUAUACUGUGCAGUACAGUACGUAUAUGGAUAACAAAACAAAUCCUCAAAUAUAGAAGAUCUGUGUAUAAACUUGUGAAAUUCAUUUGAACUCUAGUUGAACAAGCAAUAUGAAUCGGUUCUUAUCGCCUGUAUGUCUUGUAUUGAGUACACCAUCUCUCAAGUUGUCAUAGAUUUACUAACAUACGUACAGUAUUAUCUUGACCCAUUUAUUCAUGCAACUUUUUGACAACUUCAUCCCAUCUUUCUGACACCUCCAUUUUAUGGUAAACCUUGCAAUGAAAUUCACUCAUAAAUAUAUUUUAUAGAAUUAUGAUUUUAUGUACUUAGUGAGCCAAUGGCUAGUUAAUUUAGUUUCUCUCAUGGUGAUUGAAGUCCAGUUCUCUCCAUGUUGGGUUUAGUGCUACAGGUUGUACUGUAUUUAAUGAUAUAUUUGUGUAGUUCAGGGGAUAGAUACUGUAUAUUCUUUUGGUUACUUUCAAUAAAAGGUUUUCCUUAAUUUUUUUUUACAACUAAAUAAUUAAUUGUUAUAUCUUGGUCAUUCUGAGGGGAAAUCACGAGACUUGAGUAACAUGAUGCUUUCAAUAUACUUUGUUAUCCCAAUAAAAAAUAUAACUAUGUGACUUACAUGCAAAAGUACAAGUAAUUUACUGUGCAAUGCAGUACAAUACAACAGCCAGCUGAUAAAAUAAUACUGUACACAGUACUGUACAUAGACUUGUCAGAUCACUCUAAUCAUGCAGUAUGAGCAUUUCAUGUUUACCAUCAAUUGAUUGAAAGUUUUCAAACUAAAUACAUACCAGGGUAUAUAUAUACUAUCACAAUCUAUAAAGAACGUUCCACAGUAUGUAUACAGUAGUACAGUAUACUAUACCAGUUAAUGUACAAUAAGUUAUUCUAAAAAUAAUAGGAGAAUGAAUGUACUGUAUCAUGCACCUGUACUGUAUGUAAAAUAGUAUUGGUAAAUCAUAUUGAUAUUGAAACUGAUCAAGGAACUCUUUUGUGUCUGAUUAUAUCAGUUUACUAAUAGUAUGUGAAAUUAAUUUAAAAAUCAGUAAAUAAGUGACAAUGAAAAACGGAUAUAAAAAGCCCAUUAAAAACACGCGUUAAAUACCAAUUCAUGUUAAUCGUAAUGACUUGAGGAUCCUGAUGCUACUUGGGGUGUCCAAUCUUCACGUGAUCCCAGAGACCCAUUUUAGAAUUUAUUUUUUUCUCCUAUUAUCAUCUAGCUAGGUGUUUGUGCUCCCUUUGGAAGCUGUUUUAAGCAUUUAGUCCAGUUCAUCUGACUAUACAGUACCAACUUUGACAAUUCAUAUUACAUAAAAUUAGCUGAGGGAUAGUUUUUGCAUAUUUAAAAGAAUGAAGACAGUUUGAAUGUAAAUCAUCAUUGAUUAAAAAUAUCAUUGGUAUCAUAAAUAAUCCAGCAAAUACAUCCAUUAAAGGAAGUACUGUACACAUAGUCUGUUUUAAACUAAUGAAUUACCUCUACUUAAGUGAUCCUACAUUUUCCCAAACUUUACUUGAAGGAUUAUGUCAAAAUAUUUUUAUGUUAUUGGACCAGUGUAAUUAUUAACCUUAUUAUGGGCUUAAAGACCUUUGUUGUUCAAGGACAAUAAUAACAUUAUAGCAACAACAUAAUUUUAUCUUUUUCCAACAUAUCUAAAAUACUCCUUUGAGUUUGCUUUUGAUUUUAUGGCUGUAAGCUAUUCAUAAUCCUCCUGUUUCUUCUUUGUGGUCUUUUCGUCCUGUGGUUCCUUUUCUUGUGCUAUAAUAUUAUUUAAUUCUCUAUCCCACUACAGUACUGCAUUUAAGUUACCCAGUUGUGGAGCUGCAUUUGCCUGACUACAUUAGUGUUUUCCAUUUUAAUAAAUUUUGGUAAUAAAAUUAACUUGAGAAACCUGUAUUAAUAAAUAUAUGAUGAACUGAAA